ACCCACCCACUCCCACUGCUACUGAAUAACCUAUUCUGUCCUGCAUCUCAAUCCACCUUUCGCACCAAUGCCGAUGUCCGAGUCAAAGCCCGACUCACCUCCCUCAACCAACCCAUCUGAAACUAUUUCCAUGACUCGGAGCACCACCUUAUGGCCCUUCGGUCUCAUAUUUUCUAUAUCAGUUCCUGUUGUAGCGGCAUUACUUUUAUUCCAACUCGACUCGUUCGACCCGGCUCCAAUUCCCACCCACGAGUUCACUCGCCACAUCGUGUCCGUCCCCAGGCGUAAUGCUCGCAUGCUUAUUGGGUCCGACACCAUUGGGUUCGGGCAGUUGUUGGCACCCGAAGACCUGGCUUACGAUCCCCACUCCAAACUCAUAUACACGGGUUGUUCUGAUGGGUGGAUCAAGCGAGUCACGGUGAACGAGUCGGCGGCGGCGACGGUGGUGGAGAACUGGAUAAACACCGGUGGACGACCCCUCGGUCUCGUUCUUGGCCAUAACAAAAAUGAAGUUAUAGUUGCUGAUGCCGACAAGGGGCUACUGAAAGUAACUGAAGAUGGUAAGGUGAAGCUGUUGACAAAAGAGGCCGAGGGUGUAGAAUUCAAACUAACAGACGGUGUUGAUAUAGCAGAUGAUGGCAUGAUCUAUUUUACAGAUGCAUCAUACAAAUACAACCUAUCGAGCUUCAUCUGGGACUUUUUAGAGGGAAAACCACACGGCAGAUUAAUGAGCUAUGAUCCAUCCACUAAAAAGACCGAAGUUCUAGUCCGGGACCUGUACUUUGCUAACGGGGUGACAGUCUCACCAGAUCAGAAUUUCCUAGUCUUCUGUGAAACCCCAAUGAGAAGGUGCAAGAAAUACUACAUAAAAGGAAAAAGAAAAGGAUCAGUAGAUGUAUUUAUUUAUAAUUUGCCAGGCAUGCCUGACAACAUUCGAUAUGAUGGAGAAGGUCACUACUGGAUUGCAUUAUCUACGGAAGCCACAUUUUCAUGGGAUAUGGCACAGAGAUACCCUUGGAUUCGAAAGGGUCUGGCGAUCAUGGAGAGGUACACUGGGCGACCACCUAUGGAGAGAAACGGUGGUGUUUUGGCCGUUGAUUUGGAAGGAAAACCAACUGCUCAUUACUAUGAUCUUCAAUUGUCACUGGUUUCAAGUGGGAUUAAGAUUGGAGAUCAUUUGUACUGUGGUUCCGUGGUAUAUCCUUACAUUAUCCGCCUCAAUCUGACUCAGAAUCCAGCGCUUGCCAAUAUAUGAACAAGAAGCCCUCAACAAACUGGGUGUAAAGUUUUUACUGGAAGUUGAAACUUAACAUUAGAUGACCAUGCAGUUUACUAUCAUGUGUAUGAGAUAUAUGGUUUUCUUAUAUAUUCAGAUGUAUUGUGUUAUUUUAGCAGGGAAGAUAAUUAAAUUUGAAUUUUCUCAACUAAGCAGAUCCUAUGUUCUCUCUUUAUUAUAUAUUUUCUUCUUUGGCUUCGAUUUCA